AUGAAGACCCCAAUCGCAAAAGUAAGAACCGAGUGCCCUACCGCUAACAAAUUCAGUUCCAUCGUCAAAGUUCAUCCUUAUAGAAAUAAAUGUGGUUUGAGUAGGAGAGAUUUUGCUACCAAAGGAAUUGUUGCAGCGGGAGCUUCGGUGAUCCCGUCUACUUUGCCAUCUCAAUCUGCUCAAGGUCUAGAGAGAUUACCUUUCAAGAACGAUGGAUAUAACUUUUGGACAUGGAGAGGUCACAAAAUACAUUAUGUUGAAGAAGGAGAAGGUUUCCCCAUUGUUCUCAUCCAUGGUUUUGGUGCUUCAGCUUUCCAUUGGAGGUACAAUAUACCUGAAUUAGCUAAAAAGUACAAAGUGUAUGCUGUGGACUUACUUGGCUUUGGGUGGAGUGAAAAAGCACUUGUUGAUUAUGAUGCAUUAGUGUGGAGAGAUCAAGUUGCUGAUUUCUUGAAGGAGAUAGUGAAAGAACCAACUAUAUUGGUUGGAAAUAGUCUUGGAGGAUUUACAGCUUUGGUGGCAGCAGAAGCAAUGAAAGAGCAAGUUGUUGGGAUUGUGUUACUGAACUCUGCAGGACAAUUUGGAAGCCCAAAUGAUGAAGAAAAUGAGGCUCAAGAAUCCCCCUUUCAGAAAUUUCUCUUAAAGCCAUUGAAGGAAAUUUUUCAACGUGUGGUUCUUGGAUUCUUGUUUUGGCAAGCUAAGCAACCAGCUCGUGUUGAAUCUGUCUUGAAAAGUGUAUAUAAAAAUACUUCAAAUGUUGAUGAUUAUCUAAUCCAAUCAAUCACUAGACCAGCAGAUGAUCCAAAUGCUGGAGAAGUCUAUUACAGAUUAAUGACACGAUUCAUGUCAAAUCAAAGAAAAUACACACUCGACAGUGUGUUGAGCAAACUAUCGUGCCCAUUAUUGUUAGUGUGGGGUGAUUUAGAUCCGUGGGUGGGGCCCGCAAAGGCUCUACGGAUCAAAGAGUUUUACCCGAACACAUCUAUUGUAAACUUACAAGCCGGACAUUGUCCACAUGAUGAAGUUCCCGAACUUGUCAAUAAGGCCUUGGUUGAUUGGCUAGCAACUCUACCAUCCACAUCCACAUCCACAUCAAUCACCCCUCAAAUUUUAUAAAUUUUUUUGUGAAAUUUGUAAUUAUAUACAACAUGUAUGUAUAAGUUAAUCACAUAUUUUCAUGAAAUAUUUUAUAAAAUUUCGAUACUUUGAUUAGGGUAUUUUUAGUUGGAUUUAUGGGAAGUUGUGGGAUUCCAAAACUUGCAUUAAGCGUAGACCGUUUGUUAUGGAUGAAACGUGACUUUUUACUGCGAUUGCGACUGCGACUGUAAAUGGGCAAAAUUUUCAAUUUUUUGUCCCGUUCAAAAAAGCUGGACAAAACAUAAAUGCGCUCGUCCUCAUCGUCGAAAAUAAUCUUAGAGAGUAGUUUUUACAGAGUUUACAGUUAGAUUUGUACUGUUUUUGAC